AUGGCGCGGCUGUUGUUCACCACCUUGAGUGCGUUGCUGUGCAUUGCACUGGUUGGCAGUCCAACCAUCGACGCCGCCACGCAGUCGUACGUGCUGCAGCGCCGCAUCGGUGCCGCGGGCGAGUGGGAGCCCAUCACAACGUUCGUCGUGUCGCGCCACUCGCCUGACGCUCCCGCGAAAGUGAAACAGGCGCCGCCGAAGGACGUCGAGCUCUCGAAGGAUAAGAAGAACGCGCUGGCGGCGGCGCAGUUCGUGCACUACCGCGUUGCGCGUGAGGACGAUGCGGACGGCCGCGACGCGGUGGGGUUGGCGCUCUCGCCGUGCUCCAUUCUGCGCGGCUUCGAGGCGGUGGAUGCGCGCGCGGUUGUCGUUCGCGAGGAGGUGCGCGUUGCCGUCGGCCCCGGCACGUCCGUCACCGGCCUGCAGGCGCGGAGCGAGACGAACACCUUCCACGCAAAGAUGCUCAACGGCGACGAGUGUGACCGCAGCAUCCUCUCGCUCUUCCCGCACGUGCGGGUGCGGGCGGGUGUCGGCUAUGUCGAGCCGAUUGCGCCACGCAGCGUGCCGAAUUACGCGGAGCUCGACGUCUUCGCGAGACGCAACGACCCGAAGGUCUCGCGCAGCGGCGGUCGCAAGAAGAAGGCGAGCGGCGGCGGCAACAGCCCGCAGGAGCAUCAGACACAGGUUGAGGGGGAGGAGGAAGAAGAGGAGGUGGAUAGCCGCACAUUCUUCCAGAAGUACUGGAUGUACCUUGUGCUGCCCUUUGUGUUUAGCUUUAUACAGAACAUGAUCGUAAAGAACUAG